AUGGAACAGCACACAUUCCGUCGCCGAGGUCUCGGCCUCCGAGGCGUCGACGGCCAGCGCGUCUCACCAGGCUACGUGCUGUACGCACCUCUAACCUCAAACACGGUCCAUCUAGUCUCAACGUCAGGCAAAGAAGUGCAUCGCUGGACUCUCCCCCACAGAGCAGGCCGACACGCCUGCAUCCUCCCAAACGGUAACCUAGCCUACAACGGCGCACACCCAGACGCACCCCGACUGUUCCCGAUGUGGGCAAAAUACCGGGGCGGCACCAUGAUGCAAGUUAGCCCAGACGGUGAUCUCAUCCGUCAGUACUCAGACCCACUGGCCCAUCAUGACCAAAACCACCUCGACGAUGGCACAAUCCUCUACACAACCCUGGAGCCACUCAGCAGUGAAGAAGCAUCCCGAGUGCAGGGUGGCAUCCCGGGCAGCGAAGCGCCAAACGGCAUCAUCUACAGUGACUGCAUCAAGCUCGUCCGGCCCUGGGAGUCAUCCAUGACCUCCUCAUCCGCCGACUUCGACGGCAGCGGUGGGAGCGGUGGUGCAAAGCUCCUCUGGUCGUGGCGAGCAAUCGACCAUCUGGACCCUGCAGUCUUCGCCGCACAUCCACAUUACCCGCGUGAGCAUUGGCCACUGAUCAACAGUGUCGCCUUCGACUCCGAGGGCAAUGUCAUCGCCUCGUCACGGAAUGCAUCUAGCGUUUUCGUGAUCAGUCGUGCAACAGGUGAAGUAUUGUGGCACCUUCCUGCACCGACGGUCAGUCAGCAGCACUGUGCCCAUCAGAUCAAUGACGCAGGUGAUAUCCUCAUUUUCGAUAAUGGGGUCUUCAGACCUGGUCUGGCUGUUCCAUUUUCGCGGGCUAUUAUUAUUUCCCGGGAGAAGGUUGUUAAGUGGGAGUAUAAGGACCCGUCGACUGGAGGGCUGGGUUUCUUUACGCCGUUUAUGGGGUCUGCGCAGAAAUUGACGAAUGGGAAUGUAUUACUUUGUGAAGCGUAUGAUGGGCGUAUUAUGGAGGUCUUGGAGAGUGGGGAGAUGGUUUGGGAGUUUGUUGUACCCCAAUUGGGGGAUUAUAAGAGGGUUAUGGGGAAGGAGGAGUUGGAUGAGAUGGAGAAGAUGGGAUUUGAUUGUUUGAGUAAUGCUACUUUCAGGGCUUACAAGUAUCUUCCUGAAGAAGUUCCUUGGGUUAGGGAUGAGUAA